GCAACAACAUAUGAAGGAAGACGUUGAGGAGAUCGUAUUUCUUUGGAUUCUACGAAAAGCAUUUCGAUCCUCAAGACUUCUCCUGGUUGCUUGAAUCUGUUCUUUAUGUAUCACAAAGAUAAUUGAACAUAUCAGCAGCUUUCACUAAUUCUUCUAGGACCCCGCUCGCACAAAAAUACAACACUCUCGCCCGUUGCCCAUACCCAUACCCAUACCCAUACCCCCAUACGCAUCCGCACCUUCGAAUUAACGUGUGCAUGUCGCAUCGUAUCGCUUUGGUCUUGUCUUGAUUGUGGUCUGCCAGGGGCGCAUCGUCAAACAUGGAUUCACCAGCAGAAGAUGCGGUUGAUUCGCGAUCGAAUGUGGUUGGAAGAAAACGUGCUUUACAAACAUCCUCAGAUCAAGGUAGAGAAUUUGUCACAAUCGAUUCUUCUUCAGAUGAAUCUGCAAAACAGCCUCGAAAGAGGGCAAAGCCAUCUUCCGACGAAUCUGCCAAAGUCGAAGUCGAUCUCACAUCUUCGCCAUUGCCAAAGGAAUCGCUAGGCACUCCUACGUCUGGAGCAAACGUUGGAUCGCCGGCAACCUGGAACCAAGGCGUACAGAGUGGACUGCGAACGUCUUUCAAGAGCAAGAAACCAACGCCACCUCAAAGCACUCCCUUAAAACAACCGGCACAACCCCCAAAUAAUACCAUUGAAAAAUCUCAGGGUCGAUCCGAGCAAAAGCCGAUGACCAAAAAACAAUUUAACAAGCUAGGGGAAGAUAAGCAACUGGCUCUGAUGGAAGCGUAUACUCAAGAUGUUUCUGCUUUGAUAGAUCUUCAUGGUUGGCCAGUGCCGGAAGGAUUUCAACAGAGCUGCCUGAAGUUUGUUGGAGAGGGGUUGACCUUUUACCCAACUCCAAUGAAGAAGGAUCAGCCUGUAGGUCGCUAUUCGUUUGGCGGCGGUGAUGUCCAGUUGCGAGAGCUUUACAGUGAGGAAGGCAAACCCAUCACGAGUAAGGAUAUCACAUAUUCUGAUGUCCUUCUUUCACUCAUGGAAAACAACGAGUUCUUUGGGCAUGCGUUACCAGACAAACGUGCCAAGGCUGCCGUCAAAAGUUACUUGUCUUAUUUUUACAACCACCUUCCACAGAAAGAAACAUUUAUAUCUUCUCUCGUGGCAAAAGCUCCGUCUCCAAUUGAGGUCCUCAAGAAUUCUAAAAAGAGUCCACCAGCUUCAUCCCGCGCAGCUGAUCAUCAUGACAAAAAUGCUCCUCCAGCAAUUAUCAAUGAUGGUUCAGUCAAAGACGAAGCUCUCAUGAAACAGGACAAUACCUCGACUUCCAAUUUGAUAACAGAAUCCAAUGGCGAUGAGGAGCCCACUCGGGUUGCUCCCAACCUGGCUACAAGUGCUAUCGAACCAACCAAAGAUCGCACGACCCCCCCUGAAGCCGGGACAACUAAGAUAGAUCAUGGUUCGUCGGACCCAGUAGUCGGGGGUGAAAUGGAGGUCUCAUCAGAUGGUGGUAUUGCUACUGAUGUCGAUGAUGACCGUGAAUUUGAGGCGGCACGCGAAAUGGGUUUACGUCCGGGAAUCCCUGCAGAAGACCAUGCUGCAAUUCUGAAAUACUUCCCAUCCACCGACGGUGUCGUCCUUAGAAAAUGCUUGAUCUGUGGCUCAAGUGGACAUGAUCGAAGUGUAUGUUCUGACAAUGCUUGUUCUUCUUGUGGCAGUAAGGGUGAUCAUCUUACUCCAGCUUGUCCUCGGAAUACGAUCUGUGGUAAGUGUAGAGAAGUGGGCCAUCAGACCUCGCAUUGUCCUGAAAAGCUGCGUGCUGUCAAAGAUGAUAUCAAAUGCAAUACAUGUCAAUCUACAAGUCAUCUUGAGGAUCAAUGUCAUGUAAUCUGGAGAAGUUUUCUUCCUGGUCCAAAUGAGAUCAAAAAGGUUCGCAAUAUCCUAGCUUUUUGCUACUUUUGUGGUCGCCCAGGUCACUUUGGCCCUGAAUGUGGACUAUAUCGUGGUAAACCUGCUUCUGGCGGCAUAUCUUGGUCGACUAGCAACAUGGAGAGAUUUCUUGAUGGUCCUAGUAGUUAUGAUGACUCUCUUUCUCCAGGAGGUAAUGACUAUUCGAUUCCAAAUCGUGGGAAGAAGGGAUUCACUAUCAAGGGAAAAGCCAAUGAUCCGAUCAAUCUGGAUGAAAGUGAUGAUGACGAAGGUUUCAUUCAACCCAAAGUCAACAUGGCCCCCAGAAAUGGUCACAUUCAAUUCUCCCAAGCUGGUGCAAUGCAAUCUUUCAAUCAAGCCCCUCCUUUCCAAUUUCAAGGCAAUACUAGCAGCAACCAAAAUAGUAGAGGUCCUUCUGGAAACCGUGGUGGCCGUGGCGGUCGCAGAGGUGGUGGCAGUGGCAGCAGUGGCAGCAGUGCAGAAAAAAACAAGCAAAAGCAUAAAUCUGGAAAUAAUCCCCCUAGAGGUGGUGGUCAAAGUCGUGGUAAAGCCUACCGCGGUAGAGGCGGAGGCGGACCUGCUCGAGGUGCUCCACGUGGUCGUCGCUAAUCUCCUGCUACGGAGUCGUUGCUCAGCUUUUAGACUUGCACUGUGAUAUAAUGUCGUGGUGAUGAUCUGAUGUGGCUUUAUGCUAUGUCAAACCCCCACAUGUGCAUUAUAGAAUAUUUCAAUUCGACAUCUGACAACUUGUAUACAUAUAUUCUCCAGGUUUCAAUACAUCAUUCUAGUCUCUUUUUGCAUUCCUGAACUGGAACUGGAACUUGAAUUGGUCGAUAGAUUUGGUAUUUGUAUCGUAUCACAUCACAUAUGAUUCCGACGUAAAAACGGGAAUUGGAAGACGACCAGAUUUAGACUAUACACACAGUCACGUUUAUUACAAUUAGACUUACGCUGCA